AACACCGGACCGGAAGUGUGUGUCCGUCUAUGAGCGGCAGCUUCCGGUGGUCGGUGCGGUUGCUCCGUUACACGGUGUUUAACAGCGGAGCACGCGCAGCCUCCACCGAUGGAGGAACCGUGACGUGUUUACCGGAGAGGACCGGAAGAGGAGACUGCCUGCCCCCCCCCGCGGUGAUGGAGGGGGUGGAGUCCAGCAGGUAUGUGGCCCAGCUGAAGGCGGAGUUUGACAGCUGUGACUCAACGUGUUCUGGCUUCCUGGACCGGCUGGAGCUGACGGAGCUCUGCAGGAAGCUGCAGCUGGAGGCUCACCUGCCGCUGCUGCUGGACACGCUGCUGGGAGGACAGGCGUACGCCCGGGUGAACUUUGAGGAGUUUAAGGACGGCUUCGUGGCCGUUCUCUCUCGUUCUCUGGACUUCAGCACGUCAGAGGACGACAGCAGCUACCUGCAGCCAGUGGUGCCGGAGGAGGUGAAGCCAAAGUUUGUGAAGGGAACGAAGCGUUAUGGCCGCCGCUCUCGUCCCGACAGCCAAUCAGACGCUGCGCUGACCUGUGACUCAGAGGAUUCGCCGCCGUCUCGAACCGAAGCAUCCGAUUCGUCGCCGGCCGGCGUGCGCAGGGCCAAACUGAGACGCUCCACGUCUCUGGAGAGCGUCGAGAGCCUGAAGUCUGACGAAGAGGCAGGAAGUCACAAGAGCAUCCCGCCAGACUUUCAGAGUAAAGCUGCAGGAGGUCAGCAGGAGGAGGAGGAGCAGGGUGGAAGAGGAGGAGCAGCAGGAGGAAGAGGAGGAGGAGCAGCAGGAGGAGCAAGAGGAGGGGCAGCAGGAGGAGCCUUCGACCCCGGCCUGCAGGAGCUGGACGUGCUGGACAACAGAGUCAGCCUCAGAGACUUCCAGAAAGUUCUGUGUGGCUCCGCCCCCGUCUCCUGCUCCACCCCUGUUAGAGGCGCCGACCUGCAGAGGGCGCCAUCGCACACGCUCAGACACUCCGAACUGCAGAGGGCGCCAUCGCACACGUUCAGACACUCCGACCUGCAGAGGGCGCCAUCGCACACGCUCAGACACUCCGACCUGCAGAGGGCGCCAUCGCACACGCUCAGACACUCCGACCUGCAGAGGGCGCCACCGCACACGCUCAGACACUCCGACCUGCAGAGGGCGCCAUCGCACACGCUCAGACACUCCGACCUGCAGAGGGCGCCACACAUGGCCCGGGUGGUGUUGGAGGAGCGCUCGGUACGCUCCACCUCUCCCUCCCUGCUGACGGCCACCGUGGGUCAGAAGGUUCUCAGCCGGCUGGACGACGGGUCGGGAUGUACGAGUCCCGACAGAGUCAUCGGCCUCUGGACCGAGGAGGGGAUCCGCAACAGCCGGGACAUCCUGCAGACUCUGGACUUCUCUCUGGAGGAGCGUCUCAGUCUGGUGGAUCUGACUCUGGCUCUGGACAACGAGCUGCUGGUCUCUGGGAACGGGAUCCAGCAGGCGGCCCUGAUCUCCUACAAGACCGAGCUCCAGCACCUACAGGUGGCAGCAGAGCAGGCCUGCAGGGAGCGGGAUAAGGUGAAGUCAGAUCUGGAUCUGGCCGACCAGAGAAACCUGCAGCUGGUCCGAGAGGUGGACGACCGGCACGCCAGCAUGGAGACCCUGAACCAGAGCAGGAUCAGGGACCUGGAGCAGGACUUCCGUGAUAGGCUGACGGCUCUGCGCAGUCAGUCUGAGCAGGAGAGCGAGGCGCUGCUGCAGCAGGCGGAGAGAGAGCGCAGCGCCCUGCAGGAGGAGCUGCAGCUGCUCAGAGUGCAGGAGACGCAGCUACAGGAGGAGCUCUGCAGCGCCGCACAGGAGAACGGUCGCCUGGAGGACGAGCUCAGUGCUGUGAAGCUCAAACUGAUUGAAGCUCAGAGUUCAGUGACGAGACUCCAGAGAGACCUGGACCAGCUGCUGCAGGACAAGUUUGGCAGCUUGGACCCGGCCGGUUCUGGUCUGAGUCACGAGGAGCGAUUCACAGAACUGAUCAGAGAGUACGAGCUACGCUGCCGGGAGCUGCGGGACAGAAACGAUGAGCUGAACUCAGAGUUGGAGCUGCUGAAGAGUCAGAAGAGCGACAAGAAGACGCAACGCUCGGAUACGCUGAGCUGGAAACAACAACACACCGAGUCUGACUCUGACGACCCAGACAUGCAGCGCAGCUCGUCUCCUCGGGUCAGGAAGAAGCUGCAGCCGGCUGAUAAAACAGCUCUGUCCUCAUUGGCCGGUGUCUCUGGUCCGUCAGUCAGUAUCCAGACUGAACUUGCUCUGGAGCAGCUGAAGCAGAAACACAAGCAGGAGCUGCAGCAGCUGCACAUCCAGCUGGAGACUCAGGUGAACUACUACGAGCGCAGUCAGGAGCUGAUGAAGCAGAGCAUGGAGGUGGAGCGCAAAGACAUCUGUCAGGCCUUCAAGCUGGAGAUCAGUGAGCUGGAGGAGCAGAAAGCUGCAGCGGAGCAGCAGGUGAAGCAGCUGAAGGAGGCGAUGGAGAAACUGCAGACUCAGAUCCAACAUGGAGGAGGAGGAGGAGGAGGAGGAGGAGGAAGGUGGAGCUCUGAGCAGGAGCGCCGCAUGCAACGGGAGCGCGCCGAGCUGGAGCAGAACUUUGCCCGAGAGCUCAGUAACCUGCUGCAGAGGCUGAGCGGAGAGAAGGAUCAGCUGGAGGCUGAGCUCAGGCUGCAGAUGGACCAGAAGCUGCUGCUGCUCAGGGAGGAGGUGCAGGAGGAGGCGCAGGAGGAGGCGCAGCAGCAGCUCUCUCACAUGAAGCUGCAGCACGCCGAGGCUCAGCAGCGCCUCCUGCAGGAGCUGCAGGAGCAGAGAGCAUUCUGGGAGAACCGGCUCAUCCAAUCAGAGCAGGAGAAGCUCCAGAGGGAGUUCUCCACAGAGAGGAGGAGGAGGGAGGAGGAGCAGGAGCUCAUACACACCUCCUCCCAGAGCAUCAGCCAAUCAGAAGCCUCCUACCUGAUCCCAGAGAGGAGCUGUGUAGAGGAGGACCAGGACCAGGAGGAGGACCAGGACCAGGAGGAGGACCAGGACCAGGAGGAGCAGGAGGAGGAGGCCAAAGACCAGACCAUCAGUGCGCUGCGCUCUGAGCUGGAUCUCCUGCAGGAGGCCACGAGGAGUAAGGAGGAGCACGUCUCCAGACUCACUGCUGAGCUGGACUCCCUGAGGACGGACCGGGCCCGACUGAUCCAGGACCUGAAGGAGCAGGCCAUGGCUGUGGACCCCCUGCGGCUGGAGCUGGACUCCGUCUCAGAGGAGCUGAGCAGGAGGAGGAGCGCCGAGGAGCGUCUGCAGGAGGCUCUGAGGCAGGAGCAGUCCGGUCUGCAGGAGGAGAGGGAGGAGGUGGUCCGCCUGAGCCAGGAGGUGCAGAGCUACACCCGUCUGGUCAACCAGCUCUCCACCCAGAUCGUAGAGAUGGAGGAGGAGAUCACCUCCCUCAGAGAUCACCUCCGAGACCUGAGCGCUCAGCUCAACGACACGGCGGACCUGGUCCUGGACCUGCGCACGCAGCUCAACUCCCGGAGCGGCGAGGCGGAGCGGCUCCGAGGGGCCGGCGAGGUCCAGCUGCUGCAGCGAGCCCUGAAGGAGUCCGGGGACCGGCUGAGGAGCACGGAGGAGGACUUUGAGAGGGAGAAGAGGAGGAUGACGCAGCAGCUGCUGGAGCUGGAGACGCUGGUUCUGGAUCUGGAGGAGGUGAUGGACCCAGCCAGUCCUCACAGGACUCAGCUGGAGGAGGUGCGCUCAGACAACGGGGUUCUCCAGGAGCGACUGACCGUGCUGCAGCAGGAAGUCACCAACCUGGAGGACGAUGUCGCCAGGAAGAGGAGGAAACUGGACGAGAUGGAGCAAGACCACAAGAGGAGCAGAGAAGAAGAAGAGAGGCUGCACAAAGAGAACUCCAGGUACCGUGAGGAGGUUCUAGAUCUGAGCAGCAGGAACCUGCAGCUGAGCAACGACAACGCCGAGCUGAGCGCCCGUCUCCAUGGAGACCAGGAGUCGGUCCGGAUGCUGCAGGAGCGCCUGGCGACGGUUACCAAGGAGCAGGAGGAGGAGGGCGCCACGGUGCGGCGGCUGCAGGAUGAGGCGCUGCAGCAGGAAGCGGCGUGGACGCAGCAGGAAGCGGCGUGGACGCAGCAGGAAGUGGCGUGGACGCAGCAGAAAGCGGCGUGGACGCAGCAGAGACAGCAGCUGCAGAGAGAGCUGAGCUGCUGCAGGGAGAAGCUGUCUCGUGUGUCUGAGCUGGAGGAGGAGCUCAGCAGUGUGACUCUGAAGCAUCAGCGGUUAGAAGAGAACAAGAACCAACUGCUGAGAGACGCAGACGCCCAAAACGCUAAGGUGGAACAGUUGCAGCAGGCGGUUCUCUCUCUGCAGACGGAGGCGGAGCUUCUUCGCUCUCAGCUGCUCGCCGUCACUCAGGAGAAAGUUGGCCACGCCCAGGAAGUGACCGACGUCCACAGGAAGCUGCAGGACGCCCAGAACAAGGUGGAGCAGUUGGAGGUCAGCAUCAGGAGGCUGAUGGAGGAGAAGGAGGAGCUCCAGCAGGUGAGGGAGGAGCAGGAGCAGCAGGCCUCCGUCACUCAGCAGGAGGAGACCCACAAACUGAGAGUCCAGAACCAGGAGCUGCAACACAAGUUGGCGGAGCUGCAGGUCCAGAGUCUGGAGACCCAGAAACUGAUCCAGGAGCAGCAGAACCUGAAGACCAAACGGAACCAGCUGGAAACGGCAAGAAUGCAGGAUCAGGUGCAGCAGCUGCAGGAGCUGCAGACUCGGCUGCAGGAGGAGCAGAGGAGGAGUCAGCAGCUGGAGGAGGCGCUGAGGCUGCAGGCCCAACAGAGCUGCUCCCAGAUCAGCAUCAAGCAGGGUCAGUACGAGAAGGCGGUGGCGGCUCUGCAGCAGAGGAUGGAAGAGCUGGAAGCCAAACUGAAGGCGGUGCGGGUGGUGCUGCAGGAGAAGGUGGAGCAGCUGAAAGAGCAGAUGGUGAAGAACAGGAAGUUGAGCGUGCAGCUGCAGGAAGUGUACGUGGAGACGGGUCAGCUGAUGAAGGCGCUGCAGGUCACCGAGCGGCGCCAGAAACAUGCAGAGAAGAAGAACUUCCUGCUGGAGGAGAAGAUGGCGGCGCUCAACAACGUGCUGCGAGACGUGGUCCAGGCGGCGCUCGCUACCUAGACCCCCCCACC